ACAUAUAUUCGCUUAUACAUAAGUUUUAUACUAUAUAUGGAGCAAUUUUGAAGUGAAGAAUUCUGAAAUUGACAAAAAGUGAAAUGUGAAAAUUGACGUUGUGUUUGUGAGUGUGUGUGUGUGUGUGUGUGAGAUCGGUUGUGUAGGUGUGCGUGUGUGUAUGUGGGUGUGCUGGUCAUGAAAAUUGCAUGCACCUUCGUACAAACAACGAAAAGGAAAUCAAAAUAAGAAAAAAUACAAAUACAAAUCCGAGUAAUUUGCCUCGACAACAAACACAGCCACAGACACAUCCACAUCCUCGUCCACAGCCAUGGUGAUAAGCAAACCCGAAUCGACGCCAAAUGGAGCGGCAACGGGAGCUGGUGGAGCAGCAGCAGCUGCUGGCUUGGAUGCUGCCGCAAAUAGUCUGGCACAUCGGUCGGGCAUACCACAGGAUCAAAUAGACAAUAUUAUGAGCGGCAUUGCAAACACGGGUGAUGUCAAAAUGAACAAUCAUCGCAAGAAGCUACGACAAAGAUUUGAUAUUAUAAAGAAACUGGGUCAAGGCACUUACGGCAAGGUGCAGCUUGGUGUGAACAAGGAGACGGGACAGGAGGUGGCCAUCAAAACGAUAAAGAAAUGCAAAAUUGAGGCCGAGGCGGAUCUGGUGCGCAUUAGGCGAGAGGUGCAAAUUAUGAGCUCAGUACAGCAUCCCAACAUUAUACACAUAUACGAAGUAUUUGAGAACCGCGAGAAAAUGGUGCUUGUCAUGGAGUUUGCCGCUGGCGGUGAGCUAUACGACUACCUAUCUGAACGUAAGGUGCUCAACGAGGUGGAGGCACGUCGCAUCUUUCGUCAGGUUGCCACAGCCGUCUACUAUUGUCACAAGCACAAGAUUUGCCAUCGUGAUCUGAAGCUGGAAAACAUCCUGCUCGAUGAACAGGGAAAUGCCAAGAUUGCCGAUUUUGGACUGUCGAAUGUGUUUGACGACCAACGUCUGCUGGGCACCUUUUGCGGCUCACCGUUGUACGCCUCGCCGGAAAUUGUGGAGGGAACACCCUACCAAGGACCCGAGGUGGAUUGCUGGUCGCUGGGCGUGCUGCUCUAUACUCUAGUCUACGGUUCCAUGCCCUUUGACGGGUCCAACUUCAAAAGACUUGUGAAGCAGAUCAGUCAGGGCGAUUACUAUGAGCCACACAAACCGUCGCGUGCAUCCACACUUAUUCGAGACAUGUUGACAGUGUGUCCCCGGAAGAGAGCGACCAUCGAACAGAUUUGCUCGCAUUGGUGGGUCAAUGAGAACGACAAAGUUUCCUGCCUUGAUUUGGCCGAGAAUUUGGCCAAUCAAACGCCUGUCCGACUCGAUGUGCUGUUGUCAUUGACGCCGACUGCGAUAACAGCGGAUCAACUGGUGGUGCCAUCGGCCGAGGGAGCAGCGGCGGCAGCAGCAGCCGCCAAGGCAGCAGCCAAUGAGCGGGUUCAAAGGUCGCAUUCGGUGGGUUCCAUUCGUGAUAUUGGGGCGCCCAACACAGAGGCAGAGCGUCGCAUUCUGGACAUGGUUGCUGCUGGUGGCGAGGCCGCAUUGAUGCCCUCACCCACACGUACCAUAACGCCCGCUCAAAGUCCCGUGCAAACGAAGAGGAAGCUGCAACCCACCGUAUCCACUGAGAAUGCCGCUGGCACCACCGCCAAAAAGAAGGAGAAGCCAGCCAACAGUUCGUUUGUCAUCAGCGAAGGCACAACAUCAUUGCUUGCACCACCAGCAAAUGCAACAGCAACAUCAUCGAUCACACCUCAGGCUAUGGAGACUGAGAGUGUUGUUGGUGUUGCUGGCGAGGAGCAGGCGACUUCAAAGGGCGGCAACUACUCGCCACAGGAUAUGCAACAGGUUGGCAAUGUGUGCGAGCAGCUGAUGGGCGAACCAGCAGUUGUGGCACCAACUGUUGCUGCUGUGGCACGGCAAGCAACCCGCACCAAACUGGAUGCUGUGGCAGAGACGCCCGAGGAGAAGGACGCCAGCAAAGUGAUCCAAAAGUUUUUGCACAAACACAAGACCGCCGAUCUGGUCAAUGCCAUCAAUGAGAGUGCCAGCGGCAAAGCUGUCGCCAACAACAACAACAGCAACAACAACAACAAUUCAUCAGCAUCGCAACCAGCUUUUAUACGCAAGUGCAGCCUGCAGGAUGAGUCCACACUCAACAAGUUCAAUGCGGAGCGCCGUAAAUCGCGCAUUCUUGAAACUGCGGAAAAGUUUCAACCACCACCAACCAACACAGCAGCAAGCGGUCCUCUUCCUGCUCCUGCUUCCGCUCCUGAAAAGCCGAAAAAGCUCAGCAUACCCGGCGUCAGCGUGGGCAGCUUUAAAAAGGAAUUCGAGCGAAAGGCCACGAAUCCGACACCCGUCACGGGACCCACUCCCGGAGAGCGUCGCGCCCAGGAGCAGGUGGCCGCUGCUGCUGCGGCCGCCCAAGAAGCGGAGGCUCAAGAGAUUCUGGCCACGCCACCACCAUCCCCAGUCGUCUCUGGCAACUUGGAGGCCAGUGAUUCCAAGAAUUCGGUAUCCUCCAUAUCGCUGGACGAGGCGCGACGCUCCAUGGAGAACUCAAUUGCCCUGUUAAGGCAGGCGCAGAACGAGUCCAACAAGGAGCUGGAUCAGCUAUGCGCCCAAACUGAGACCAUUGGCGUCAGUGAGUCGACGCCCGAGGAGCGCGAACGUAAGUUGAAGAAUGCGCGCACCAUUAUCGGAAACGCCAUACAGCCGGUGAUACGAAGGCCAACACCAUUAUUUGGCAUCGGCAACGGCUUCGGCAGCAGCGCUGACGCCGGCGGGGUUGGGGGCAUACUCACAAAAAGCGGCAGCAGCAUGAACAACAAUAACAAUAACAGCAACGGCAGCAACAGAGCAACAACUGCAACAACAGCUAGUGCACAACCAUUAAAUGCAUUGGCAGUUGCUAAGCAGACGAUACAACAACGUCUCUUUGCGGGCGGCAUGCCUGGAUCGUUGAUGCAGAGACCGGCCAUGUGGCAGCCACAGGCUGCAUACAGCACUGCCAGCAUAUUCCAGCCCGCGCUGCCCACCAGCAGUCCCUUCAGGCAGCUGCAGCAACAGUACCAGCAAAAGUGUCACGAGCAGCAGCAGCAACAGCAACAACAACGUUCGGUCAACAGUGCGUUGUUUACGCCGCCAACAUCGCCGCUGUACGCCCCCAGUCACGCCUACGUUCAAGCCCAGAGCAACAACAACAACAACAACUGUAACAACAGUAACAGCCACAACAACAACAACAACACGAUGCCUAUUGUCAAUUACAAUGUCAGCUCGCGCACGAGACCAUUUCAUAAUCAAGCUCAAGACACACUCAAUACAUCUGCCUUGCCUGCGGCUAUGUGGCUGAAAUCUUCACCUGGAGCAGAUGCCCCAGCAGGCGGUGCAGUUAAAACCUCAACCGCCUCCAUUACGCUCAAAUCAGCAACUUUGCCACGCCGCAAAAUCAAUGCCAAAUCCGAGGUGCAGCUGGAUAUUAAGCCGCGCAUUGCAGAGCAGCCACAGCCAGCGAUGCGAUUCAGCACCGAGAUGCAGCAUCCUGUGGCAGAUUUGCGCAGUGCACCGCCUCGGGAAGGACCCAUACCCUACAGUCCCAUCAAGACCUCGUUGCAGGCGCGAGCCACAAGCCUGGAGCCCAAAGAACACAUCAUAACCAUACAGAGGCCGCCAACGCAACCAGCCUAUGGACGCACCAACUCCAACACCACAACUCGUUCCGGCUCGCUGUCACGUCAAUCCACAGCUGACUCCGAGACAGAGACAGCGACCACGAUGUCACAAUCAACUAUUACGGGCGGACCGGUGACCACCUCGCAGCCCAUCAAGAAGAGUCCACGUGAAUUUAUCAUACCGAUUGCCGUUGAGGGAGGCGGCUUCAUAACGCCACGUGAGCGAAGCAUUGAGCCAUCCGAAUCGAGUCACACAACCGCCUCCAGUCGCACCACCUUCAGCCGACUGCGUCCUUCACAUCGCAUUGGUUCACUGCUCAGCGAAAGCGGUUUCGAUGAGAGUUCGCCAUUCCAAAAGAUGCGCACAACCUCAAUAAAUCGUGAAGGCGGCGACGAUGAGUCGCUUUUCACUCCGCACAGACUCAGGAGCUCGAGGCCCGUCAAGAAAAUUAGCCAGGACAAUGACUCACAAAGCUCUGGCGAGGAGGAUGACGAUGAUGGCUUUGAGAUUCUAACAGCGGAAAAUCUAUUUUCGACAUUGCUGCAACGUGUGCGUGCGCUGACAAAUCGCAUGAAUGUGAACAGUGACCUCACAUCCGGUUUUCCCAGUCAUCCUAGUCGUCUGUUAACGGACAUUUCGCGACAGGCCCAAGGCCACAGGCCAUUCUGGAGUCAGAACAGUAACUUUGGCAGUGCGCUUAGAUCUCAAGUCAGUUAUAGCUAUACCGAAACGGUUGAGAAGAAGCAAGUUCGCCUAAACAGCAGCAACAAUAGCAGCGGCAUCGGUGCACCUUGGCGGCAUAGCAUGUCCCGGGAUUUGGGCAGCGAUAUGGAGUCGAUGUUCUCGCGCACGGGCGCCACGUUGCCAAGAGGCCACCACACCAAGGGCACUGCCAGCAAGAUCAGAGCGGAGGAUAACGGGGAGGAGGGUGCAAAAACAACAACGACAGCCAGCUCAGCAGAUGGCAAUGCUGGGGAGCCACUGGACCUGGCCGACUUGGAUUUGUCGCGUCUGCGUCUCAGCAAAAAGGAUCUCGAAACAUUGUCCAGCAUUACGCCCGGUCUGCCCAAGUGCUUCCAGGAGCAGCUGCUGGCCAAAUUGCCGCCCACACAGGCGCGUAAAUUAUCGCGCACGCUGAGCGUCCAGAGCGGCAAUACGGCUGCCAUCAAGGUGUACAAGCGCAGUCAGAGCAGCGGACGUGGCUAUCUGCCGGAGCAGCCGGAGGAGGAGCAGCAGGUCAAGCCCAAGUCGCUAACGGAUGCCCCAAAGACAACAGCGGCCAGCACGGCCAUCUAUCGGCGCAGUCUGAGUCGAGCACCCAGCCAGGGACCAGCAGCUGGAGCAGGAGCAGGAGCAGGAUCAGAGGUGACUGCCACCAAGACGACCAGCAAGAGUCGCAGCAGCAGCGUGUGCCGUGAUGACUACGGCAAAUCCUCGUUGUGCAGCAGCAACUACACCAGCGACAUAAGCGACAAGUAUAAAUACUACUCGCCCUAUUUGAGCAAGUCCAGCAAUGGCAAUGGCACUGUCAAAGAGCUGCCGGAGAAGCGUUAUAGCGCUGCAUUGGGGCGUCCACCAAGUGGCUACCUGUCGCCACCGCCGGCACAAGCACAACCGCAACCACCAGUUGCCAGUGUGGGCGUGGUCGACAGCAGCAGCUCCUUGCGUAGACGUUCCUCGCAGCGCCGAAUCUCACGCUUUCUGCGGCCCGACUUCUUUGACGAGCCCCGGGAACGGGAACGUGAACGGGAAGCACAAAGUGUGCUCCGGGAGAUACGGGAAAAGUCUUGUGAUCCGCUGGAGCAACGCAAGCACAGUCUGCCCAAUGUAGAGGCAGACACGGAGGCGACUCAGACGACGACACGACAUGCCAUCAAACAGUUGACGGAGGCAACGGAAAAGAGACGCAGUCAGUCACGUUCACGUGAGCUGGACACCGAGCUGGGCAAACAUGAGCUGGCCAAUAAGAUCUUGGAGGAACUGCAGCUGCUGUCUGCGGUGCGCACUCAAACCGAGCACGAACUGGCAGCUGAGGAGCAACAUCCAUCUGAGGAGACAGCCACCAUCAAGAAGUUGAAGAAGAUCAAGUCCAAGGAAGCAAACAAUGAUGCGGAAGCCAGUAAGCCAACAACACUUGUGCGAAAGGUGAAAAAGGUGGCCAAGAAGGCAACUGACGAGGUCGCCACUUCCCAGGCAGCGGAGGCACAAGCCAACGAGCUGACUGGGCCAAAGGAAACCAAACUGAAGCGUCCCAAAUCCUAUCCCAUGAAAGAUCUGGCUCUGAGUCUCAAAGGCAAUGCGGAGUUGCCGGAGACAACAACAACAACACCGCCCAGUAAAUUGCCCACAACUGCAACGGAGGCGUCUCUGGAGGCAGCACCGCGAGAGAGUCGUCUGAUGCGUCCCAAAAGCUAUCCGGCCACCAAGUUGGCCAUGCCCAAGGAUCUGCGAAAGAUAACACGCAGCGGUGUGGCAAUAACCAACAUUGUUGAGACCACCACCAACACCACCACCAACACAACCGCAUCCAGCUCCAAGUCCACAUCGGAGGAGAAAUCAUUUUCGGGCACAAUUAUGGACAAGGAGACAGAAACACGUCCGACCAGCAUGAAGAAAGUGAUUAAAGUAUCCAAAAAAUCCAAGCUGGUGCCACCCACACCCGUGACCCCGCCCACAACGUCGCCCACAACUACAACGACAACAACAACGCCAGCGGAUAGCUCCAAGGAGUCAAGUCCGGUGAUUAAGGCAAAAGAAAAGUCGCCCGAGAAGAAGACUAGCAAGGGAUUGCUCUAUGCCAUUGGCCAGAAGUUUGAGAAGCUGCGCGACUCGGCAAUGAGCAAAGAGAAGAAACUGGCCACGCCCAGCUCAAGUGGCGCCUUGGUCUGUACACAAAAGCAGGGCUCGCCGGAGGAGCGCAGUUCGCCGGAGAAGGCAACGGCGACGCUGCUGCGCAAAAAGAAAUGCCUGGAGGCGGAAAAAUGCUCCACGCUGGAGACUGAAAAAGUAGGAACAGGAGGAGCAGGAGGUGGAGACAAGCGUUCGCGCUUUGACAGCAUGCUGCGAUCUCUGCGAGAAAGAUCCGUGCCGCGCACACAGCCAGCCACAAGUGUGAGUCCCAAGCGAUCCGCCAGCGUGGAGCAGUUGCAUGAUACUGGAAGUGGCAGUGGGAAUGGGAGUGGGAGUGGGAGUGGCAAACCAAGUGGCACUGUCAACAAGAUGCUCGGUGGACUGCUGCGACGCUUCGAUCGCGAGAGCAGCGAGCAGAGACGUGUGCGCAACACACGCUCCACCAGCAACAUUGAGCGAGAGAUGCGGCAGGAGCAGGAACGGAAGCAGGAGCGGGAGUCUGUUGUGCUGCCCACAUCGCCCAUCUAUCAGAAUGUGGCCAAGACCAAGGCGCCGAUCGAGGUGAACUGCAACUGCGACACUGUCUGUCCGGAGUGCACACAAAAUCAGGGAGCAGCGGGAGCAGCGGGAGCAACAACAGCAACUACAACCGGAGCAAGCAACAAGGAGAAGCGCAAGGGACUCAUGCUGGAUCUGAGCAAUGUGACCAGUGCAACAACAACAACAACAACAGCACCAGCAACAACAACAACAACAACAGCGAGCAACACAAGUGGCAGCUACCGUGGUGCAAAAACACAGCCGGCGCUGUUAAAUGGCAACGGACUGUAUUCGAAUCUGCCGCCGUAUCCGGGUGCCAUGAAGAGUGCCUCCUCGAACAACAGCUCCAGUCAGCAGUCCAUGGACAAUGCCACCAACAACAAUUCGAUCAACACCAACAACAACUGCAGCUCACAGACAUCCGGAUAUCGCACCUCGUCCGCCCAUGAGAUUAAUCGCAACAAUCUGUUGACGCCGUCGUUUGAGAACAUUGCCAACUACUCGUCGGAUUCGCGCAGUUAUCAGGAUGAUUGCGCCUCGACCUCGACCUUUAUGUCGCCCACCGAGGAGCCGGAAUUGUACUUUGACAAUUGGUCCAUUUGCUCCGAGGACAACUACAUGCUGCAUGCCACGCCCUCGCCGACAGUGUCGCGUCUCUCGCGCGCCUCCCAGCUGUCGUCGCCCACCCGCUGCUCGGAGAGCUCCGAUCCCAACGAGAGUGUCAUCGAUCGCAUUAAGCGACGCAGCUUCUACAGUCGCUUCAACGAGCAGAAGCCGCGACGCACCAGCAGCAUUGUGGGUCCAUCGGCGGUCCGCGACUAUUAUCGGGAGCAGCAUGCGGCGGUGAAGGCCCGUUCCAGCCAGAAGUUGCAUGCAACCGAACCGGAGGCACGCGGCCAUUCACCGGACAUUGCCCAGCAGUUUUUCCGGCCAUUGAAACUGAGUCCCGUGGGCACGGAGCUCAAGCCGCCCGUCUAUCGCUCGGCUCUGGACUACUCCAGCACCUCGUCGACAUCGGCGGGAGCAACGAGUAAGCCGCGCAAGAGUCUCAAUGACAUUCGCAACACAUCGCCAUCGUUCCUGAGCAAGCGCUAUGAGACGCACGAUUACAGCUCGGUGCCCAUGCGGUACAAGAGCUCCUCCAGCUCCAGUCCCAGCACUGGCACUGGCACUGGCGCCACCACCACCAAUGGCUACUACAACACCUACAAUCCCAAGCGUCGCUCUUCCUACACCUUGAACGGCACCUUAACCUCCGGAAGUGGCCAUGGCAGCAUCGCCACGGGCAGCAGUCACCUGGACGGCUAUGCAACACUUGGUCGUCGCUCCAUUCGACCGUAUGACCAUCGCACCAUGUCGCUGCUGGAACCACCAACCACUGGCAGCACCGGUGGCAGCAGCAGCGCAGCUGGCAGCUACCACAGACGUGAAGCUCGCACUCCUGUACGGGAUUACACCUCCAGCAUCUCGCGAUCGGGAUCUCGUUAUCGCACCUCGUCGGCCACGCGCAGUCCCACAAAUAUUUGAUGUUCCACACCGCAGAAUGGUUUCUGCAUCUUCUGUUAUUACUCCAAACGCAAGAAGGCAAUCAACGCCUCAGUGAUGAGCACGCCUCCAAACACGACUGCCUCCUCGUCGGCCUCGGCCUCAUCCUCGCGUGCCAGCAGUGGUGGCAUCAAGAAGCUGCUGCAACCCGCACAGACCCAUCAUCAUAGUCAGCAUAGGUUCUAGAUAACCUGCCAAAGAUACGAGUAGAGAUUCACACUCUCCUCAUUUACAAGUAACUCAUUUCAGAUAUUUUUUUAUAUAGCCAAAGUUUAUUCUUAGUGCGGGCAGCCAUUGAGCCCUGAUCGUAAUUGUAGUUGUAGUUGUAGUUGUACCAUUACCAAAAUCUGAUAUACUGAAGUUUCAGCAAAACGAAACCGUAGUUCAAUGAUCCAAUAAUGGUUCAAGAUCUGUUCACGAUCCGACAGACCAUUAUUUCGAUCGAUAAUACGAUUCUCAAAUAAUUGUGCCUUGGUUCCUUCGGCGUUUUUAGAUUUAGUCCUAGUCAUAAAGUUAAUUUAAUUUGUAAGCAGGUGAAAGCAGUGGAUGAAAGAUAGAUCGAGAGAGAAACAGAUACAAAUGAUAAUGGCAAAAAAUGUUAGUUUUUUAACAAAUAUUUCAGAGAUAUUUUAUAUGAUAUUUUUAAGAACCUCGCGCCGAAAAAUGCGUUAAAAUUUUAUCAAUAAUUUUAACUACAUUUUUUACAACACAGAACUGAAUGAUUCUUUGAGAUUUUCAAGUAUGCGAUAUACAAUUAAAAUGAAAUUUUCUUUCGUUUACUAGAACUAUUGAUGUUAUUGCAAAAUAAUAGAUGAUAUGCGAAAUGUGAACGAAAGAUUCGGAUAUAGCAAUGUCAAUAAACGAAUUUACAGUCUAGAGUGUAGAAAAUUCAAAGUUUGAAAAUGUAAUAAUAAAACAUGAGAAUUCAAAUGUUAAAAAAUAUGUUAAUAAACAACACUUAUGAAUUGA